UAAAAACAGUUAGUUCCGGUCCUCGAAUCUGAUUGGACGAGAGACGUUCCAUGAACACUGAUGGUCUCACACCGUCAGCACUCGGACGCUUCACUGUGUGUAUCACUCCGCUUGUGUUCGUGCCGUUGUAAACUAACAUAGCUGAUGGAAGUGAGAGAGGAACGUGAAGAGCUGAAUGAAGUGGAGGAUGAACAACGUGAUUUUAUAACUGGAUCUCUGAGUGGCUCAAACACUGAAAAUAAAUUCUCACCUAAAAAUCCUCGAAGAAGAGCAGCCAAGGAAUCUUUCACCUGCUCUCAGUGUGGAAAGAGUUUCACAAGUAAAAGCCAUCUUAAUAGACACAUGAGGAUUCACACGGGAGAGAGACCUUACACGUGCCUUCAGUGUGGGAAGAGUUUUGCAGAUGUAACCAGUCACAAAAGACAUCUCUUUUGUCACUCUGGAGAAAAGUCAUUUGAAUGUGAUAAGUGUGGUAAAGCAUUUGUUCUGGCACAGUCCCUAAAACAACAUCUGAAAACUCACACAAAUGAGAAGCCUUACAAGUGUUCAGUUUGUGGAAAGAGUUUUGCACACAUGUCCUAUCUUAAACAGCACCAGAAAAUUCAUAUGGGUGUGGGUGCUCAUAUGUGCUUUGAAUGUGGGAAGACCUUUAUUACAGCCGGCAGCUUGAAUCAGCACCAAAUAAUUCAUACUGGAGAGAAACCAUACAAGUGCUCACACUGUGAAAAGAGUUUCACUCGGUCAGAAACACUGAAAACACAUGAGAGAAUUCAUACUGGAGAGAAACCAUACAAGUGCUCAUACUGUGGAAAGAGUUUCAUUCAGUCAAAAACCCUGAAAACACACGAAAGAAUUCAUACUGGAGAGAAACCUUACAAGUGCUCACACUGUGGAAAGAGUUUCAUUCAGUCAAAAACCCUGAAAACACAUGAGAGAACUCAUACUGGAGAGAAACCAUACAAGUGAUCACACUGGGCAAAGAGUUUCACUCCAUUAAAAAACCUGAAAACACACAAGAUUACUCAUACUGGAGAGAAACCAUACCACUGCUCUUCAUGUCAUUUCUUCAUCUCAUGUGAAAACAAUUGCCCAAGAAGUCACAGUUAGUGGUUGAUCGAUAUGGAUUUUUCAAUGGGACUACCAUUUGUGUAUAUCAGAAGAUAUCAAGAUUCAUCAGACCAGACUGUGUUUUUCCUGUCUUUAACUGUCCAGUUUUGAUGAGCCUGUGCCCACUGUAGUCUCUGCAUUCUGUUCUUGGCUGACAGAAGUGGAAGCUGACGUUGUCUUCUGCUGUUGUAGCCCAUUCGCCUCACCUCUCUCAUCAACAAGGCGUUUCCAUUCGCAGAACUGCCGCUCACUGGAUGUUGCAUCUUGAGCAACAUUUGACUCUGUGAUCACAAAUAGAUCUACAAAUUGCCCAGAUAGUGUAAAAUGUGAAAGCAUUUUAAUGAAAUUUAGAUUAAUAAUAAAUUUUUGGAUUAUUUCUAUAUUUGUCUUUCUGUCUGUGUGUUUACAUGUUGUCUGAUGUCACUAUUAAAGGCCAUACAUCAUAA